GAAUGUUUGGGCCUUUGAACAUGUUUCUGCCCUGGUUUUAUCCCAGAUUUAAGUUCAAACCUUUUUGUCUGGCAGCAUGUAGGGUCAGAAUUUUCCAUAAAAUAUGAGAAUUAUGUCCGGCACUUUGCUCCACCUGCUCUGGUCAAAAUGAGCUAAGUGAACAAGGAAGAACAAGUCAAAGAGUUGUGUGGGCUGAGACUGAUCUUACUGUCGUGUUUCUUUGCAACAAUGCUGGAUCAGGUAGUUUGUCUGGCAGCGGUCACAGUGCUUGGACUUCUGGAACAAGCAUACUUCGCUCUCAUGGUGAUCUAUGCUAGGAGGAAGUAUUCAGUCUCUCCCCCAGCCACUACAGGACCACCAGAGUUUGAGAGAGUUUUUAGAGCCCAGGCAAACUGUUCCGAAUAUUUUCCUAUAUUUGUCUUCUCACUUUGGUUGGCUGGAGUUUUCUUUAGUCAAGCUAUAGCUGUCAUCUUUGGGCUUCUUUACCUUUAUGGACGGUACCGGUACUUCCAUGGCUAUGCAGAAUCGACUCAGGGAAGACUGGGGCCUCUGUACUUUAGUGCAAAGGUGCAGUGGGUGCUGAUAGCUCUGGCUGGGCUGGGGAUCACUUGCACCAUGAUCCAAGUCUACCUUUAAUCAUGAUGUGGGACUUGCUAAAACACACACAGAAAUUAAUACUUAAUUUCUUCUUGAAGCGGAAGACAGAGAAUGCGACACCAUUGAUGGUCUACCUAAAAAGGAAAGAAUAAAAUAGAAAAAUUCUGUGUUAGCAAGACUAGGUAUAUUAUUAUUAUAUUAUUAAUUUAUGUUUAUUAUGAGUUGUUACAUUUAGGUACAUUAUGCUUAUAACUGGUUGGUGUUACUAUAUUAAUAUUAUUACAUGUAUUUAUAAUUAAGAUUUAAAAUGUUAAAUUUGAUGCUCAAAGGUCAGAUGGUUAAGUAAUCUGAUGUGAAUGUUUUAUUAUUUCUUUUGCCAAUACCAUGUGACGCUACUACACAUCUGCAAUUAAUUUUUAACUCUCUUAAAAUUGAACAAAAUAUUGUCUUCUCUAGAUUACAUAAAUUCUUAAUUUUCCUUUGUGUAAACGUUUUCUCUGAUUAAAAAAUUGUUGACCCAAUGCAUUUUGUUUUUAGUGAAUCUGUUAAUAAAAACUUGUAGCUGGUGACAUCUCUAGAUUUAUUUAGGUAAAGGAAUGUUAACCAAGCAUUAGCUUGGAACAAGGCUUAGGUAUUGUCAGCUGUGAUUCCUAACAUAAAAAC